UUGUUCCCAUUUUCACUAACAUAUUGCUCAAAUAGUUUUGCCUUUUCGCCAUGUCCACGAUCCGGGUUACCACAUCAGAAUUGGCGAAAAUACUGGUCAUGGAUACUCGUUUGGUUCAAAAUAGCUGUAUGUUGUAUGCUAUCUUAAAAAUUCCCUACAAACUUAUUCAAUCUUCCAACGAUUUGUGCUCCUUGCGGAUCAUAACCGUAGAGGAGCUGUUACACCGUCAUGUUCGCCUAUGGGUGGGUGCAGAAGGGGAAGGCGCCACAAUUUCAAAUCUUGUUGAAGUUCUACGGCGAGCAGACUUUCUAUCGGCUGCUGAUGUCUUAUCAACUGUUACGUAUCCCACCUGUCAGAACGAGGUUGGCUUGAUUACAUGACUUGUACUAUUAGGGAGAGAUGUUCCCCAACUAGAGAUAAAGUAAACGACAUCUCACAACUCCUGCAAAUAUUGAUCAAGUAUUCUAUCGUGCAGUUGGAUGGAUCUAUCGUGUUGAUGCAUCCCCAAAUUCGGACCGUGGUGCAAAAUAGUUUUAACUGUCAAGCCCUUGCUACCAUUAUCGUUGGAAACUUCAACAAGAAUAACACUUCCAGGGAGGAAUUACCACACAUCCUCAGCAUUUGGGAACUCGCGAGUGAUGCCACAUUUAAGAAACAACAACGCCAUCCCUUGAAAAUAUGGCAAGCACUUAAAAGUUUGCAAAUGGUCAGUGAGGAAUUCAGCUUUGCUGAAAGAAGUCUUAACCGUAUUCAAAAUCUAAACAUGACUGAUACCAACAGCGUGCAGAUGGAGUUUAUUGUAGCGAAUGUAUUAGCACGUAUGGGUGAAUAUGAAAAAUCACUUGCUCUAACACAGCAAGUCUAUCCCAAGAUAAUUCGAGUGCUUGGAGAAGGUCAUAGGGAAACAUUAAAAGCUGACCGACAAGUGGGUACACUCUUAGUAGAAUUGAAACAGAACGACGAAGGAAUUAAUCGUAUCAGAAGCGUUCUAAGAAGACAAACCCAUCGCUACGGUAAAAAUGACGUGGACACUAUGGAAACUCGAUAUAUCUUAGGCAGUAUAUUUGAAGGCUCGAAGCAUUACGCGGAAGCUCGCCUAGAAUAUGAUAAGGUAUUGAAAUGGCAAAUAAGCAGCGUUGGAAAUGCUCAUCCAGACACUCUCGAGACACGCCUUUCUCUAGCAUUCAUUUCCUACUACCAACAUAAAUUUGAAGACGCCGAGGCACAAGUAGAAGAAAUAAUUCAGCUCAGUAAAGGAAUUACGAAAGAGGAAGAUUUCACUAUUCAUACGAGAAUGUUACUGUUUAUGGCACUUAUGAUUUUCGCAUACAGGAAAGAGGAGGGUGUUCUAGUCCUACGAAUAUUGUUGGAAAGGUUUGAAAAUAUUUUGGGACCUAAUCAUCCAGAGACGUGUGAAUUGCAUAGCAUGAUAUUGUUUCAAAGUCAAAGGUAAAGGUGUACUAGGUUUUAUAAAAAUGCAAUAUAAUACAAACUAAACAUAAUGUGCUUCAAUUUUAACCUCUUUUUAUUUUUUACGAUAUAAAUAUUUCGAACACGAAAUUUCCAUUAUGGUCAAUUUUACAUUAAAUUCAAAAUUUUAACCGAUAAUUUUAAACUAAAUUUUUGUCUCUAAACGCUCAUUUUAAGCAACUUUUCUAUUGCUUAUGUUUGUAUAUACGUUAUUUGUACAUGCAAAGGUAUUUCCAAAUCAUAUAAAUAGAUGAAAAUAUACAAAGUUAGCAAAAAUGACAAAUUUACAUAAAUUUAGGAUUUCUCUUUGACGAAAUUUGGACAAUAAUUUUUUAAAGGAAUUUAUAAAUCGGUAUAUAAAGUCUGAAAUGGUGCUAAAUAUUUAAAUUACUUUACUAACUUUAUUCAAACUAAACUUGUGAAAGAUUAUGUAAAGUAUGAUAGACUAAAGUAAAUUCACAUAGUAUAUGAUCGCUUAUGACAUCGAAACAGUUAUUGAAACUGAUAACUUUUUGAGUUUUUUACAAUCGCUUCCAAUCCUUUCAUCAACGACCAGCCUAGAAAAUUUACUUUUGGGCCUUCAUUUCCUUCAUCUUCACCAAACUUUGUUCCGUUUCACCAUAGAGAUAAUUCAUGUAAAUAUUUUAUACACAAGUUACAAGUUAAGUGCUAAUUCUAA